AUGCUUGCAAACCUCAAUGCACGCACAUUCCUGCGAGAGAUGAAGCCGCCAUCCAGACCGUCCCAGACGUUUUCGUCGCAUACGCGCACGGAGGAUAUCCUCGGCUCCCGAUCGUUCGAUUCCGCGGGCACGCAAGUCAUCGCUUCCUCGUCAUCAGCCAAGAACGAUAUCCUGGAGCUCGACGAUGGCGUGAAAUACUUUCGUCACGGAAGCGAGUCGUCUCACCUCACUACACCCCGUCCUGCCCGCCGCUAA